AUGCCGGCUGACCCUGGGCCGGAGGUGGGCAGCGGCUGGCCAGGCCUCCUCAUGUCCUGCCUGAAGGGCCCCCACGUCAUCCUCAAGAUGGAGGCCAUGAAGAUCGUGCACCCUGAGAAGUUUCCAGAGCUACCAUCGGCUGCCCCCUGCUUUACCCCCGCACCCCGGCCCACCCCUGCCCUGGCACCUAAGCGUGCUUGGCCCUCAGACACAGAAAUCAUCGUCAACCAGGCAUGUGGGGGGGACAUGCCUACCUUGGAAGGGACGCCCCACACCCCACCCCUGCCUCGUCGGCCCAGAAAAGGCAGUGCAGAGCUGGGCUUCACCCGUGUGGCCCCAGCGGACGAGGUCAUUGUGAACCAGUAUGUCAUGCGGCCAGGCCCGGCAGCCCCGGGAGCUCCCUCGGCUGCAUCUGGGGAGCCCCUGGAGUGUCCCACGUGUGGGCACACAUACAACGUCACCCAGCGGCGGCCGCGUGUACUAUCCUGUCUGCACUCGGUCUGUGAACAGUGCCUGCAAAUUCUGUAUGAGUCGUGUCCUAAGUAUAAGUUCAUCUCUUGUCCCACCUGCCGCCGCGACACCGUGCUCUUCACGGACUACGGCCUGGCUGCACUGGCUGUCAACACGUCCAUCCUGAGCCGCCUGCCUCCCGAGGCACUGACCGCUCCACCCAGCGGCCAGUGGGGUGGCGAACCUGAGGGCAGUUGCUACCAGACCUUCCGGCAGUACUGCGGAGCCGCGUGCACCUGCCACGUGAGGAACCCACUCUCCGCCUGCUCCAUCAUGUAG